CCGAAAUCGGAUAGAGUGGAUUUAAUUGGCGCUUAACUCAGAAAAUUCACUCCCUUUUAGUCUCUCAAGUUUAGUACUAUUUUUCAAAGAUAUCGCGCGACGCUCCAGUAAAGUAUCGCUUGUCAAGCGACUAAAAUUUAGAACAAUUUAAGUAAAUCUCCUUAAUAUAGUACCUAUCUUCUUUUAUAAUUUGUUUUGUAUUUUUAUGUUCGACCUACCAUUUCAAAAAGUGGUUUUGCAACGACGACCGCAAUGUUUACUAAUUCGGCUGCGGUACACGCCGCGUUAGCGUUGCUGCUGCCGCUGGCCGCACUGUUGCCAGCCUUCGCGGUCGCUGAUGGCGUCACCACAGAGCUGUGCAAAGCGCGCUUCUCCGACUUCGACGACAAGCGAAUCCGGCGUUAUCCCGUGGACGAGGAUGCCACUUACUUAAACAUGCAUCACUGCGGUCUCACCGAUGUCGAAAUCUUCCUUGACGACUUUGAAAACCUUCCAAAUGUAGAUGAAAUUCAUUUAUUUGCAAAUAACAUUGAACACAUAAACCUAGCUAUAUUGCACUCCGUUCCUACAUUAACUAAACUGUUUUUACAUAUUAACAAGAUUAGAGAGUUGCCCAUCUUUGACCAGCGAUCUUGCCCCAAACUGACCGAGCUAAUACUUGGUGAUAAUCUAGUUACCGAACUAAACAACGCUAUGACGUUUUCUGCUUGCGUUAAGUUACAAAAGAUAUACUUAUCUCGCAAUAAAAUCGACUACAUUCACCCCGAUAUAUUUGCAUCUCUGCCUGAAUUGAGAAAAUUGUAUUUAAGUGGUAAUAAAAUUAGGUAUAUAACAAACAAAUUAUUCGAAAGAAAUGUAAUGCUUCAAAAUCUACAAAUAGAUAAUAAUAGAUUAACUUUCUUACCAGAGGGUUUCGUGACCAAUCUUAAAAAAACAGGGGUGAAUCUUAAACAUUUCUACUUCUACGAUAACCCGUGGCAUUGUGCCUGCCUUGUCAAGCUUUUGGUGGAAGUGAACAGAGAAGGUGUGCCGUAUUAUAAACGUGAUCCGUUCUAUCCUAAAGCUAUUUUAGACACCAAAAUUAUGCAUUAUAACGGAACACGACCAGAAUGCAUGCAUAGCCAGCAAAAAAGUUGUGUAUGCCCUAAUUAACUGACUACCCAUCGUGAAAUUAUCCUAAUAAUCAUGAGAAUUUUUAAGACAAAAUAACAAAAUUUUGAGUAGAUAAGUAUUUCAAAUAUUUCACCGAUAACAGUACAGCGGUGUCACGCACACGAAUUCGAGCCAAUCGUGCAGUCUAACGUCGCAACAUGAUUGGUUGAUGAGUUCGUACCAAGUACGCGAUUGGUCGCAACUAGUUGCGUUAGACUGCACGAUUGGCUCGAAUUCGUGAAUGACACCACUGAACUAGCACCAUUCUUAGUGCUCGCAAGGCCCAUCCUUAGAUCUAUGUCAAUGUUUUUGGGUCACUGAGCCAGUGUAAAAAAGUACUAAAAAUCAAAACAAAUUAUUUACCGUAAAACUACCCAACUCUAGUCCAAUACUGCAACUAUGGUCCACAAGUUCAAAAGGAAAUUAAGUAUAUAUACCAAUGUUCCUUUUGGUUUACUCCUAGUUUUACCUUCCAUUUACAAACAUACUUUGCCUUAGAAAUAUAAAAAUAUAGUAAAAUACACACCUGAACGAGAAAAAUUGAGUUUAUUUGUGGACCAUAGUUGGGAGCUUUGGACUAUAGUUGGGUGGUUUUACGGUACAAGUUUUUAUUUACUUUCACCUGACCGUUGUCUGUUUGUAAUCAAAUCUUGCAAGUUAAAUUUGACCCACUUCCCGGUUUCCGAUGAAGCUGAAAAUUUGCAUACAUAUUUAAGUCGGGUGACAAUGCAAUAUUAUGGUACCAUCGAGAUGAUCUGAUGAUGGAGACAGGAGGUGGCCAUAGGAACUCUGUGAUAAAACAGCGUAACCUAAUUGUGUUUGGGAUUUUUAGAAUUGUCUCGAUGAGUAUUAGUUACUUGUGGAAAGAAAAGUACAGUCAGCGAUAAAAGCUUGUACCAAAAUGAAAUUUUUGCCAAAAAGCUAUUUUUAUGGUGUUGUUUUCGGCCAGGAGUUUUUGAAAAAUUGUAGCGCUUUUUUAGAUCACAAUUUGGUUGCCAAAAAUUUAAAUAGCAAUCUUGAGGCCCAUCUCUAGACACUUUUUUCCUGAAAAGAAAAUACAAGUACCUUAAAAUGGGGUGAGUAGGGACAGAACUGAAACUGACAUUCAAACCUCGAUAAAACUUUAUUUAUUAUAUAUUUAUUUCGAGUAACAUGACUAUACAAUUUGUAGAAUACACUAUAAAACUUAAAACCUAAAUCUAAAAAUAAAUAAUACUAAACUUAAAAUAAAAUACUAAAAAAUA